CAACGCCCACUCGUCUUUCGACAUCCCACGACUUGUUCUUUUCCUAGGACGAAGCUGUCCUGGGUCACCCCGAUUGCGGCCAUGUCCGACCCUUUUGCUAUCCGCAUGAACUUCAAGCGCUCGUACCUUGAAAAGCUGACGUCAAACCCCGCGUCCCAAAUGCGUGCCGCUGCGUAUGCGGUCAAGUAUCGCGAGCAGGAUGAGGAUUUGCACAGUUGCAUACUGGAGCAGCUGGACGCUUCAAACAUCAAUCUCCGCGCAAACAUAAUGUACUUCCUCGAAUACCUGUGCGAGCUCUCAAAGCACGAAGGCUGUACCCAGUACAUCGCGAGCAUAACGCGCGACCUGCCCACGAUCGUCGACCUCGUAGCUCCAGGCACGAAAGCCGGCGCUAUGAACAUAAAAGUAGUGCUCAAAGUGCUGCAUUCGCUGGUUCAGAAAUCCAUCCUCCCGGAAGAUCUUGUUGCAAAUCUGUCCUCACAGCUAGAAGCUCGAUCCAAAGAGGCCGAAGCUAGCAUCUCAAACCCAGGCACGGCCGGACUGGUGGAGAGAAACGACGGUAUCAACGAGUUGGACCAUGAAGCUAUAGAGCAGCGCAUGGAGGAGGAUCGCGAAAGACAUAAGCGUUUGAGGGAGGAUGCUUGGGCUGUUGACUUUGAUAAAGAGGCUGAUGCUUUGAUGGAUGCCGCGAGGAGGGCAGGAGGACUGACGGAAAAGCUGAUGCAAGAGUGUAGGGACGAUGCACGGGAGAGAACAGUGGCCGUUGAGCUGGACAAGAAGAAGUGGGAGGAAAUAAUGGCCAGAGGCACCCAUCCGUCCAGCGCAAGACAACAAGACGUGGAGAUGACUUGAUUCGCAGUUCCCCUUUCUGUCGUUCUGGCACAUGGCGACCUACUAUGCCAGACUCGCCUUUGAAAUUGUCAAGCGAUCCUGCCUAUCCCUUCUUCUCAUCGAUUGGAAAGGGAAGCUGAUCCUUCUCCAGUUGGAACGCAAGUCCAUCCGCUACGUUCGAUGGCACGAUGUGGUAUCAGACACCAGAAGAAUGGACCUUCUGCGAGAGAAUGGGAUGAAGGUCCCACGAGUUCGUUGAACUCCUCCAUACGAUCAAUAACAGAAAGACAGGACCCGCUAGCAUUAGCUAGCAUCAUUCAAUUAUCCAGCCAAAUAACAAACUUGGGUUUGAACCUCUUGAAAGAGAAAAAAAAAAGGAAAGGAAAAAGACGUUGUGAAUGGCAAUCCUAAGCAAGGUCCCCCGAACUGAAGCUUUUCCCCUCACAGCAUGUGACUGAAGCACCUAGGCUACGGGUUUCAAAUUCAAACGCAAAUCUAUAACAUAGCGGCUUCUGCAGUGGGCUACCCAGGACCUUGUUAGGCAAUUAUGUUUGCGAUGGGGGUUUCUCCAGACAGGUCUUUUUCCCAGCACGCUAAACUGGAUGCAAAGAAUACCACUUUUGCGAGUGAAACGAUGUAUAAAUUAUUUUGCACGAGACCUGUUCAAAAGUAGACAUUCCAUUAUUUUGGGAGACGCUUACGGAAGGGACAAAAUCAAAUGCCCUAAUUGUUUGCGCACCUUUUGGUUUUCGCGCUGUUUCUCUCAAACCGUGGGUCAUGCCAGGCAAAGGUCAAGAUGAAUCAUUUCUACAGUCAUAUCUUCAUUCCUCCAUACGCAUCAAUCAGGCCUUGCAUAGCCGGCUGCUGCUGAGGUGCUGGAGCCGUGCCUGGCGCAUAAGGCGGUGGUGAAACAAUGGACGAAUGUCUAGCGGUCUGCGGCCACGCCUGAUGCAUCUUCUCAUACUCUGGCGCAAGAGCUGGCAUUGAGCCGUGUCUCUGCGCAGCAUAAUGGUUCUGCGGGUGAUACGAAGGGAGGACUCCAUAGUUCUGUUCUGGCGGUGGGCUUGUGGUAGAUGACUGCUGCGGAGGUUGGGUGCUCGAGAUGGAGUCACGAUGCGGCGGGUAGGGUUGCGGUGUCGACACUGGUGCGUACUGAGGUGCUGGGGUGUACGGUGGUGCAGAUUGAGCUCCUGGAGGUGGUGUGAAGUACUGCGUGUUUGGCAUCGGUUGGCUCACUCCCGGGGUUUGAGAUGGGGUUGGGUAUCCAUAUGUUAUUUGAGUGGGUGCUUGAUUGAACUCUUGCAUUGACAAGGAAUUCUGAGCAGCCUGAGGUGGUGCAUAGAUCGCAGGCUUCUGAGGCCCUGAAGUUGUGUAAUACUGCUGGGGCGCCGGUGACGCUGGCACCGAAGUAGCUUGUGAUUGCGGAGCCGAAGCAUAUUGCUGCGGAGCUGGAGUCUCAGGUACCUGCGCUGGUGUCUGUGCUGAUGACAUUUGAGGCAGAUUCUGAUUUUGACAUUGCUGUACUUCAGAUGUGGGCGUUUGCACAUACACCGAUGAGCGUCUGUCCACGGGCUGCUGGGGAAAGGGAUAGCCGUACUCCUGAGUAACCGGUAGGUGCUGUUGGAUUGGUGCUAUGGUUGGAUGCGAACUUGAAGGUGUGGUGUUCUCCCGAGCAAUCCACUGACCAUGCUCCUGAGACCAAACGAGAGUUGGUGCAGGUGCCUGGAAUCCAGGUGCAGCAACGUGAGAUUGAAAAGGUGGCAGGUUCUGUACAGUGACGUGAGGCUCGUGGCUUUCAACAGGAGGGGGUGGAACAUAUGCCGGAACUUGAGGCAUUUGUGUCUGGGAGGUAGCCGACACUGGCGUGUAUGACUGUCCCGGCUGGCUGGAGUACGAGGAAAUGGAUGACACCGUUGGAACAGGCGAGAGUGGCCCUGAGGCCUGAGACGGUGGUGGAGCGUAGUGCUGCGGGUUAUACUGUGGCAUUGGGCUUGCAACCGCGGAUGGAGGUCCGGGAUAAGCUGGAGGCGCCGGCGUAUACUGGGGUGUUGGUGGAACGGGAUAUUUGAUAUCCGAUGUUGGAGAUGGUGUGUAUUUGAUGUCUGCCUGCUGUGGAGGAGCUCCUUGUAGACUAGUAGUCGUGAAUGCUCCAGGAAUCGGCACUGCGGCAUAAACAGGCUCGCCAGUG